AUGCUUGAUGGGUCAAGCCCCCAGGCAGGCAAAAUGUGGAAGAAGGCAAUAUUAUCCUUCUCCUUUGAUGGCAAGCAACUGACCAAAACCUUCCUCAUCUGUAAUACAGGGUCCCACACCAUUGUCUUAGGAUUGAAAUGGUUAGGUGCCCACAAUCCAGAGAUUGAUUGGAAUUCCCACACUCUAUUGUUCCCUCACACUCCCCCAGACCAUGUGGCCAUUGCUGAAGAGGAAGAAGCUGACAAAAAUCCCCUUGAAGGAGAAGAGUUCAAUAAGCUUCCACCCCACAGGCACUACAACAUAGGCAUUGAACUGACCAAGGAGGGACCCCUGAACAGCUCUCUAUACAGUAUGACAGAUGCAGAAUCUGCUACUUUAAAGGAUUGGCUCAGGGACAAAUUGAAAGCCAGCAAGAUCCACCCAAGUAAAUUGUCCAUUAGUUCCCUGGUCAUGUUUGUUCCAAAAAAGGAUGGAUCCUGUUGCCUGCUCUGUGGUGCCAAGGUCUUCACUAAACUAGAUCUGCAAUGGGGUUACAAUAACGUCCAUGUCAAAGAGGGAGACAAAUGGAAGACAGUGUUUUGUACCAAGUAUGGCCUAUACAAAUCCCUGGUCAUGACCUUUGGCCUGACAAAUGCCCCUGCUUUGCUCCAACACUUCAUGAACAAACUGUUCAAGGAUCUGCUUGACAUCUGUGUCAUCAUCUACCUUGAUGACAUACUCAUAUAUUCAAAGGAUGACGUUGAUCACACCCAGCAUGUUCAUGAAGUACUAUGCUGGUUAAUGGACAACCAAUCUUUUUGCAAGGCAUCUAAAUGUACAUUCCACAUCACCUCUGUAGAAUACCUGGGCAUCAUUGUGUUGGACAAAGGUUUUAGCCUGGAUAAGCUCAAAAUCCAGGCCAUGCAAGAAUGGCCUACCCCAACCAAGGUUAAGGAAGUACAGUCCUUCCUUGGAUUUGCAAACUUCCUUUGCCAAUUUGUUGCAAACUUCAGCCACAUGGCCAGGCCAUUAUAUAACCUGGUCAAAAAGGAUACUCUGUGGAAAUGGGACACUAAGGAACAAGAAGCUUUCCAAGGUUUGAAGGAUGCCAUAACCAAUGCCCCAGUACUUUGUCAUGCAGAUCCCUCCAAACUGUAUUUCCUGGAAACCAAUGCAUCAGGUGCAGCUCUUGGCUCCAUAAUGAGCCAACAGCAGGAUGAUGACUGCCUCCACCCCCUAGGGUUCCUAUCAGAAUCAUUCAAAGGUGCUGAACAGAAUUACAACACCCACAACAAGGAACUCUUGGCUAUCAUCAGGUCAUUCAAAUACUGGCACAUAUUCCUGGAAGGGACCCUUCACCCAAUCACUGUGUUCAUCAAUCAUUGUAACCUAGAAUAUUGGAAAGAAUCUUGA